CUGACCUCCACUCCUGACCCCGUCCUGACCUAUUCACCCUCAGGUGAAUGUAUAGCAUGAUGAUGGAAACUGACCUGCAUUCCCCCGGCCCCCAAACGAACACGACCACGGGGCAAACGGGGCCGAACAGCGGGUCCAAAGCGAACCAGGAGCGCGUGAAGAGGCCGAUGAACGCGUUCAUGGUGUGGUCCCGUGGGCAGCGGAGGAAGAUGGCACAAGAGAACCCCAAGAUGCACAACUCUGAGAUCAGCAAGCGGCUCGGCGCCGAGUGGAAAGUGAUGUCCGAGGCUGAGAAGCGACCUUUCAUCGACGAGGCGAAACGGCUGAGAGCCAUGCACAUGAAGGAGCAUCCGGAUUACAAGUAUCGGCCCAGACGGAAGACCAAGACGCUGCUGAAAAAGGACAAAUAUUCCCUCGCCGGCGGACUGCUUUCUGGGCCCGGUGGGGGCGGCGGAGUGGGCUUAGGAGUCGGGAUGAGUUCCUCCGGGGUCGGGCAGAGGCUGGAGAGCCCCGGGGGUCACGGAGGCUCCGCCGGCUCCGGCUACGCGCACAUGAACGGCUGGGCGAACGGCGCGUACUCGGGGCAGGUGGCAGCUGCCGCGGCGGCCGCAGCCAUGAUGCAGGAGGCGCAGCUCGCCUACAGCCAGCACCCGGGCAGCGGAGCGCACCACCACCACCACUCACACCACCACCACUCACACAACCCCCAGCCCAUGCACCGCUACGACAUGACGGCGCUGCAGUACAGCCCCAUCUCGAACUCUCAGGGCUACAUGAACGCUUCCCCGUCCGGCUACGGUGGGAUCACCUACACGCAGCACCAGGGCUCCGGCGUCUCCUCCUCAGCCGCCAUGGGGACGUUAGGGUCGCUGGUGAAGUCGGAGCCGAGUGUAAGCCCUCCCGUCAGCAGCACACACUCACGGGGUCCGUGCCCCGGAGACUUGAGAGAGAUGAUAAGCAUGUAUUUACCGACCGGAGAGCCGGGGGACCCGUCAAUGCAAAGUAGACUCCAUGCCCUGCCGCAGCACUACCAGAGCGCCACGGCUGGAGUGAACGGGACGGUCCCUCUCACACACAUUUAACUCACAGAAUAAUUGAAAACUGCAACACGAACACAUAACCAAAUAUUUACCUCUUUUCUAAAU